UUUUUCUAUAAGUAUAGCGUUUUCGCAGCUAUAACCAGUGAUGAUAAUCUUUUAGUUUUAUUAUCUUUUAAAAAUUAAUCGUUUUUCGCAGUGGAAUAAGUCGCAGAAAUAUAUAAUAAACCCUGUGAAAGUGCAAUAUCUCGGAAUAAUCUCAUGAUUCGCGUUAAAAUGCGUCCAGUUUUGCUCUUGAAACGGAUGGUGAGCGAUGGCGAGAAUACGGUGAUAGAUUUUUGGUGUUAAAUUUUGCUCCGUGUCAUCACCCGUUUAGUAUCUCAUCGCGUCCAAAUCGGAUUAUAACCAACUUGUUUUGCAGUUAUAAGUGUUUCUAAAGUUAAAUCAACCAAUAUUCCGGGACGAUUAGUGCGGGGAAAUAUAUUGUCAUUGACUGACCGGCUGAUAUUACACGAGGCUUGUAUGUAUAUGUGACUUCUGCCUUCUGCUAUUCGCGACACGCCUCAGAAAAUAAAGUUAUCAUUUGUGAAUCGAAUUGUUGGGUUUUGUUAUUGUGUCAUUUUGGUGUUAUAGACGUUAUAAACUUACGUAACUGUUGUGGAAUCUUGAAGUGUGUAAAGAAUGGCCUGAGUUUGAUCUCUCCAUUACCGUCAUGAGUGACGAAGGAAUGUUUGUUUAGGCUUGUAAUAUUGUGCUGCGACCUCACGGGAAGUGCGCGUUCGUCUCAUAGAGCUGGCUGGAUCAUGACUCUGAUUAGGGAAUCAAAACAAGUAUCACAUUGAUCGCGCUCGACGUUUUGUCAUUUGGAACAAUUUUAUAUCGCCAAGAUGUCUUCGGGAACGUUUGUGGACAGGAUUGAUCCCUUCGCCAAGCGGUCUUUGAAGAAGAAGACCAAGAAAUCCCAGGGAUCGUCCAGAUACCGCAAUACGCAGGAUGUGGAACUGCAGGCCUUGCCCCUGCUCAAAGACGUGGCCAGUAGCGAACAGGAGGAGUUAUUUAUGCGCAAACUGCGGCAAUGCUGUGUUGCGUUUGACUUCAUGGACCCAGUGGCCGACCUCAAGGGCAAGGAGAUCAAACGUGCCACCCUCAAUGAACUAGUGGAGUACAUCACCGGGGGCCGCGGGGUGCUCACCGAGCCAGUCUAUCCAGAGAUUAUUAAAAUGAUUUCGGCCAAUCUGUUCCGCACGCUGCCGCCGAGUGAAAACCCGGACUUCGACCCGGAGGAGGACGACCCCACGCUGGAGGCGUCCUGGCCGCACCUGCAGCUGGUGUACGAGUUCUUCCUGCGCUUCCUCGAGUCCACCGACUUCCAGCCCACCAUCGGGAAGAAGGUCAUCGACCAAAAGUUCGUCCUGCAGCUCCUGGACCUGUUCGACUCGGAGGACCCGCGCGAGCGCGACUUCCUCAAGACGGUGCUGCACCGCAUCUACGGCAAGUUCCUCGGCCUGCGCGCCUUCAUCCGGAAACAGAUCAACAACAUCUUCCUGCGGUUCGUGUACGAGACCGAGCACUUCAACGGCGUGGGCGAGCUGCUUGAGAUACUUGGCAGUAUAAUAAACGGGUUCGCGCUGCCGUUGAAGAGCGAGCACAAGCAGUUCCUCGUCAAGGUGCUGCUGCCGCUGCAUAAGGUGAAGUGCCUGUCGCUGUACCACGCGCAGCUGGCGUACUGCGUGGUGCAGUUCCUGGAGAAGGACGCCACGCUCACGGAGCCCGUCGUGCGCGGCCUGCUCAAGUUCUGGCCCAAGACCUGCUCGCAGAAGGAGGUGAUGUUCCUGGGCGAGAUCGAGGAGAUCCUGGACGUGAUCGAGCCGGCGCAGUUCGUCAAGAUACAGGAGCCCCUCUUCAGACAAAUCGCCAAAUGCGUCUCCAGUCCACACUUUCAGGUGGCGGAACGCGCACUGUACUUCUGGAACAACGAAUACAUAAUGUCGCUGAUGGAGGAGAACAACCACGUGAUCAUGCCGAUCAUGUUCCCGGCGCUGUACCGCAUCAGCAAGGAGCACUGGAACCAGACCAUCGUGGCGCUCGUGUACAACGUGCUCAAGACGUUCAUGGAGAUGAACUCGAAGCUGUUCGACGAGCUCACCGCCAGCUAUAAGGCGGAGCGGCAGAAAGAGAAGAAGCGCGAGAAGGAGCGCGACGAGCUGUGGAAGCGGCUGGGCGAGCUGGAGAUCAGCAGCCGCGCGCCCGCCAAGUGAUGCCGCGCGCCGCGCCACUAGACUAAUGCGAUCGAUUUUAUUUUCACUUAUGUAUUCAUAUUAUCUAUUCGAUUACAUUUUUGUUAAUGACGUUAUUAAUUUUUUAUACCUCUAACGGCAGUGUAGUGGAGCACGGCGACGCCGCCGCCCGCGCCGCCGCCGCCAGUCCGCGGGCCCCUAGUGCACUGUCCUUCUUGUACUUGUAUUUUAUAACAAACAAAAAAACAUUUAUAUAGGUCACUAGUUUACUUUUAGGAUUUUUUAAUAUUGUUAAAUUGUUUAAAUAAGUUAAAAGUUGUAUUGUAUCGUUGAUGCAUGGUCGAUUGUAUCGCAUUUCGAAGCACCGAGAAUUAUAUUAAUCGGGCACACAGCUUUCGGCUGAUUACAAUUGUACAAAAAUGAUAGGAAAAUUUGAGAGAUAAUAAUUUGUUUAGAUUGUGCCUCCCGGGCGGCGCUGCCCCCGGGCUCCCCGUAGGUUGUUGUAUGAAAUUUUCAUUUCACUUAGAUGCUCGAUAAAAAAAUGUAAUUUCGUCGUACUAUCAUUUUGUAUAGUUACAUAGUGUAAAUAGGCAUUUAUUUAUUAUAAAAUUAUAGCAGUGUGAUUUUUAUACAUAGCUGCGGGUGUGGGACAGGUCCGUGCGGCGGCGGCGGCCCGGCCCGGGCCCGGCCACGGACCACCUCGGUCCACGGACCAGCGUGGACCAGCGCGGGCACGGACCGCGCGGGCCGCGGGCACGGCCGCGGUGGCGCGCCAACACCGAGGUCAACUACUAUGUUAAUUCGAUCAUAUUUGAGUAGAACAAUGCUAAAGUAGUAGAUAUGAUAAUUUGUAAGGGAAUAGUCAUUAAUUUGUAUGAUAUUACUGUAGCCUUAAUAUUUUUUUCUAUCUUGAGUGGUAGCGGCGGCGGAGCCCUGCGCGAGCCACCGGGUGCGCAUGUAUGUAUGUACACUAUGGAGAUGUUUGUUAUGUAAAAUGCAUUAACAUUGCAUAAAUUAUAUAUGAUACUUAUAUAUAAAUUACUAUUAUAGAACACAGUAUGGAAAUAAAAAAAUUGACUCACACUGUACAUUAUAUCAUUGAAUUCUUGAGUGAUGUGUAUCAGCGGGCCACGCUGGCGACCCCUCUCUGAGUUGCGAUCAUACAAACUAGCUAACUACGCCAUUCGAGAAAUACACUACAAAUUUUCACAUUA